UUCGACUUGGAUUUAUACAGCUUCUAUUUUCACCCCCAUCUAAAUCAUGAAGACCGUUAUUAUUGAUGGGGGGCGACUCCUGUUUCUGGUCAUGUGGCUGAACCUUGUGCCUCAAACUGACAGCUGCCCUGCCAAGUGUGUGUGCUACAGUGAGCCCAGGCCCACUGUGGCCUGCCAACAACACGGACUGUUUUCCAUCCCUACUGAGAUCCCUGUGAGGAGCCAGCGGAUAUUCCUCCAGAGCAACAAGCUAACAGUGGUGAGAUCUACCAGCUUCAGUUCUUGCCAUAAUCUCACUGUUCUCUGGCUCUACUCUAACAACAUCAGCUACAUUGAGGCUGGAGCCUUCUAUGGCUUGGAAAAACUGGAGGAACUGGACAUUGGAGACAACAGCAACCUCCGCACCAUCAGUCCUACAGCCUUCCGAGGCUUAACUAAGCUGCAUACCCUCCACCUGCACAGGUGUGGCCUAUCAGAGCUGCCUGUUGGGGUUUUCCGAGGAAUGUUCUCCUUACAGUACCUUUACCUGCAGGACAAUAACAUUCUAACCCUGCAUGAUGACACUUUUCUGGACCUUGCCAACCUAACCUAUCUCUAUCUGCAUAACAACAAGAUCAAGAUAGUAACAGACAACAUGUUUCGAGGCUUAAUCAAUCUGGACAGGCUGCUGCUACACCAGAACCGAGUAAUUUAUGUCCAACCAAGGGCUUUUAGUGAUCUGGGUAAACUGAAAUCCCUUUUCUUGUUCUUUAACAAUCUUACUGUCCUGACGGGGGAGACUAUGGACCCGCUGGUGUCCCUCCAGUAUUUGCGUUUAAAUGGGAACCAGUGGAUCUGCGACUGUCGAGCAAGGACCUUGUGGGACUGGUUCAAACGUUUCAAAGGUUCCAGCUCUGAGUUGGAGUGCAAUGUUCCUGAGCUCCUGGCAGGAAAGGACCUGAAACGACUGAAAAGUGAAGACUUGGAGGGGUGUGUGGAAACGCCUCAAAUCCAGACCAAUCUCUUCAGCUCUAAGGCACAGUCUGGGAAAUUCCCUUCCACCGAAAAUCCUUUGGGAGACACCAUCCCUAGGUGUUGCCUCGGAGAUAACGACAAGUCCUCCAUCCUGUCUGGCAAGAGUCGCCAAAUUACCAACAACCCCCUUAAGGAAAAGGAGAACAUGUCCAAGACUAAAUAUAAAGAGCCGGAAAGAACGAAAAAUGAGACCCAGAACAAGCAGAAUGAUGGACCACUGGGAACCUUGUCCAACACCCUGGACAAGUCUUUGGAAAACCUAAACCCCGACCUUAUAGACAAUCUGGAAUCAUCUACAGCAUCAAACAAAAAGAAAAAGAAGUGCUCCAAAAAGCCCAAAUCAGAUGCCCAUUGCAUCAAAGGCCGGGGUUCUACUUUGCAAGUGCUGCGCUUUCUCCUCAUUCCCAUGAUCUGGAUAUCUCUAGCCAUGUCUUAG